AUGGUCACCGACACAUUUAUCCGAAGAACACAACCCUCCACUGAUGUUUGUGUUGGCCUCGUUCUUCUAAUGAUCCAUAUCACCUGCCUUUUUUUCAACAUUUCCGCUUUUUUGGCCGUUCGAAGAUACGCUAAAUCACGUACGUUGCAAUUUCAUGAUAAAUUGAGAUAAAUGACUUCCCGAUAUAAUGAAAAGAAAGUGACCAAAAAGGUUUCCAGAUAAAAUAAUCACAGUUUACAUCUAUUUCAUGUUGUUAUCUGAAACUAUUUAUGAUUUCACGGGAUUUCUUCAGUUUUGUUUCCCUUUAUUGGUUCCGGACAGCGUCGCCAAAGGUUGGAGACUUUCCCUAUUUCGAAAAGAAUAUCUGCGAACUGUUUGAAAAUUUCCUUUCAGCGGUCUACGAACCAACAGCCGUUUGGGUGAGCAUUAUCGGUCUGAUCGCCUAUUGCCAAAGGAUCUUCAUGACCCCUUUGAUGACAGCUCAUCGGGGUACCUUGAUUUUGAAACCACGAAAAGAACAUUGGUUCACCAAUAAACGGCUUUGGAUCUACAACUCAGUGAUUGCGGUUUGUGCAUUUUUCAAAAAAAGAUUAAAGGAUUAUGUUCAGAUGUUCUCAAUAAUAUUCUCAAUGAUACCUUGGCUGGUCGACUGUCCCGUUAUUUUUGACAAAAACUUGAGGAAAUUCUUGGAAGUCUGCCAAUCACCUUAUCAAGUGAGUUUUAUGAAGGAUUCAUGAUGUAAUGGUUUCACUAAAACUUCAUGGAUAGGUUUUUAAGAGUCGCUUCAAUAUUCUGAACUCUUUUUUCUCAUUUAUCAUUUAGAUCAUGAUUCUCCAAAAAGUGUUCAUGGCUGGGGUCUGUGUUUUUUCCACAGCCGCUACAAUUGUCCUCGUAAUCUACUUGAAAAUUGGUCGGAGCAAAACAUUCAACCAGGCUUUUGGACUAUUCUCCCAAGGUUAGUUUUACUAUUCAAAAAAUUGAAAGUUCAAUUCCUGUUCUUUCAGGCUACCCUUCCGGCUUUCGAGCCUCGAAAGACUUGGAGAGAACAGAGAACAUCUUAUUAUUUCAAACGAUUUUGGUUUCUUCAAUAAUUAUAACCUACGAACUAACGGCUUUUGUUCUUUUGGAGGAGUCGGUCAAGGUUGAUUUUUCUGUUUUUUAAUAGAGGGAUUUCAUAACAAGGGAUUUUUUGGGAAAAAAAUUUGUUUCCUGCUGGCCUUCUCAUUACUGAAAUGGCAGCAUAUGAGCUUCUAAAUAUGCAGCUCUCAAAUUUCUGAUUCCACUGAACGAUUCCCUAUUUAAAUCACCUGAGUAGUCCUUUGAAUGCUCAAAAACCAUUCCACCAUGAGAUAUGAAACCAAAAAAGCAUCAAGUAAUAAAAAAUAGUCCAUAAAUAAGAAGGAGUCUGAACUAAUGAUAAUAAUUCUCAAUCAAGUUGUCAACUUUCAGGGCUUCUUCUACGAACUGCCACAGUUUGCCCAGAGCGUCAUAUUCAGCGCCAGGAUCUAUGCCCAAUAUGUUAUCAACUUUAUGUGUUGUUUCAUUUUCACCAAAGUCGUUCGGGGUGAAAUUAUUAGAAUGUUCCGCCCAGGUUACCAAGUUAAACCAAGCCAUAUGCCUAACAUUUCCAGCUCUAGAAACUGAAAUUUUGUUUUUGUAUAUUUGGUUAUUAAUAAAGUACAUUUGGUUCACAGAUUCUCAUUUUUGUAUAUUUGGUUAUUAAUAAAGUACAUUUGGUUCACAGAGACUCUAUUUUUGCAGCGAGACACCGUGGGACAAAAAAGUUUGAGAAAAAAAAGUGGAGGCUGAAAAGUAGAAAUCAAAGGAAUAAAAAAGUGAGAGAUUAUAAAAGAGCUUCACAAUUUAUGUGACUCUAGUAACGUCGCCAUUCACUGAACCGAUGGAUAUAUGAAAUAAUUAAAUUGAUAGCCGGAACUUUGAGUUUCAUUUCUUUUUUACCUUUGAUUUUCUUUAUAAGUUCUUACAAGAGGCUUUGUGGCCUUCAGGGAAGAUUUAUUCAUUUCUAAACUAAUAAAAUGAUGAUUAUGAACAAAAACAAUGUGAUUUUUUCCCCUUCAAACUACAACUCCAUAAAUACUCACUGGGACGGGUGAUUAUAAUGAGACCUCCUUUUUCGAGCCUCGCCCACCUUUUCAUUUUUGAGAAAAAGAAUUGGAAAUCGGAGAAAAGGUGAAAAAUAAUGGCUCACGCGAAGUCAUCCGUCUCUUGGUGCUAUUUUCUGGUUACAACAAUCAAAUCAUCCUUUUUAAUUUUUCUGACUGCAAUGGUGUUGACUCCAGGUGUUGAACUUUCAAUCGGGCUCUUUCUUUUAUUAAUUCAUCUAUCCAGUAUUACAUUCAAUAUAUGUGCAAUUGUCGCAGUUAGUCGACUGUCGAAGAACAGUUAGUUUAGAUAAUCGUUCUAAAAUUAAAAUAUAGAAAUAGAGACCACAUCGAAUUGACACAACAAAGAAGGAAAAAAAAAUUUGUGAAUAUAUUUCAGAUAAUGUAAUGUCUGCUUAUAUCUAUUCCAUGAUCUUCGCCGAGUUCAUCUUCAACUUCACUGGCUUCAUACAGUUCUGCUUCCCUCUGUUUGUAGAGCCAGAAAUUGAAUACGGUAAGAGGAUUUUGAAAAAAGUAAAAAUUUGUCUGAACGAGAAGCUAAGUGAGUCAAGCUAGAAAUUGACUUUGAAAACAGGGAAAAUAUGUAUUGAGAGAGUAACAGCUCUCUGAAAGCUUGAUAACUUGCAGCUCUCAAGCUAGCAGCUUUCAAAUCGGCCUAAUCGAGUCACAAAAAAGUCAGCGCUUUAAAAAAAAAGAAAAAAAAAACGCCAAUUUCUUAGCAGCUAUGUGUAAAGUGUAAAGUGACAAUAAAUGUUUGAAAUAUCAGUAGUUUGAAAAAAAAAUCAAAAUCUUCCAAACCUUCUUCUUCUCCCCGGCGGCCCAGGUAGAUUAGAGGUCCUAUCCUGAUAUCAGGGAUAACUACUGACAUAUCAGUCCUUGUGUGUGACGGCUAAGGAAUUUUGAAGUCGUAAUUUCCCACUACCAACAUUUUUUAAAACCCUUGGUUGGGUCGAUUUUGUGACCCUGUGGACCGUAGACAAGCACACAACCUGUUGAGCUACCCAAAAAAAAUGUCCAAACUUUGAUGCAAAACUUUUCAAGUUGUAUUUGACGCCACAUCCGUUCCGGCUCAUGUCAUUGGACUUUUUGCGUAUUGCCAACGCAUCUUCAUGACACCUUUGAUGACUGUACAUCGAGCGGUUCUCAUUUUGAAACCCACGAAACAGAGCUGGUUCUCGAAUCGACGACUUUGGAUUUACAACGGCUUGAUUGCAGUGAGUAUGCCGUGAAUUUAUCUGAUAAAUUUUUUUCCAGCUGAUUGCGGCAACUUUUUCAUUUGCACCUUUAUUGAAUGAUUGUCCAGUGGUUUUCGUUUUCUAUCUUCAUCGUUUCCGUGAUUCCUGCGACCAGCCUUUUUUGGUUGGUUUUCCAAAAUUGGUUUUGCUUCAAAUUUGGUUUCAGGGCAAAAUCAAUCAAAGAUACAUCAUGAUAGCUGUUCUCGCGUUUUCUGUGAUUUUAACAACGUCACUGAUGAUAUAUAUCAAAAUUCCUCGAUGGGAAUGCUGGAAUAAAAUAUGGAAACGAAGCGGAACAAGUCAGUCUUUUUACCGAAAACCUUGGACUUUUCAAUCUCAGAAGUUCAUUCGAAACAACUAGAACGAACAGAAAAUGCCCUUCUACUUCAAACAAUAAUUGUUUCCCUGAUAUUGAUUAAUUAUGAAGUUAGUGCAUUCUUCGUGGCUUCAAAUGAGGUUCGUACUUUUACCUUCAGAGGCUUUUUUAUAUCAAGACUAUUUUUACAGCGAGGAUACUACGGUUUAGCAGAUUUGAUGCACUUAGUCGGCUUCAACACUCGCAUCUACGCCCAAUACUUUAUCAACUUCACCGUUUACUUCAUCUUCACGAAACCGAUACGUCUCGAAAUCCUCAAACUAUUCAUUCAUAACAAUAAGACAAGAGUUACGGUUAUCACUUCACUAUCCCGAUAAUCUUAUCAUCUAUGAUUGAAUUUUUACUCCUGCUCUGUAUAUUUGUACAUUUUAUUUCCUCUGAUUAUUGUUAUCUUAUGAAAUAAAUCAUACUUUGGUUUUGAAAAAUGGUCUAUGGAAUCCAGAUGUGUAGAAAUAAAGCCUAGAUUUCUUUAAAAAAAUAAAAGUGAUUAUUACAAUUUUGCAAGGGCAGGCCCAUUUUAAUUAUCCGCUUUCAAGUUUAAAAAAACUUAUUAGAUUACUAUAAAUUCAGGUGAACAUCUCAGAAUUUAGGUGGAAUCCAUAAAUUCAGUGUGUAAACUCAAAAAACCAUGGAAAAGCUUCUAAAGCAAGACUGAAAGCUGACAGUUGAAAUGAACAAAUUACACGAAGUUCUCAUAAAUAACUCAGUUUUUCCAUUUGAAUGAAUUCAUCUUGUUUUCAAUUUCCAUCUUAGACUCUGAUCUUGGAUCUUCAAAAAAAGGUAUAUAAAAAGCUCACGCGAUGAAUAUAAUCGUUUUCAAAAUCAAAAGAUAGAACGAAUUUCCUUUUUUGGGAUACGAAAUGGUGUCAAGCACAGAUAUCUUUGAAGGAAUUGUUCUUUUGGCCAUUCAUCUAUUCAGCAUAACUUUCAAUGUUUGUGCAUUUAUCGCCGUCGGUCGACUAUCGAAAAAAAGUUUUUUUUUUGUUUGACUCAAAUUUAUUAACGUCCCUCUUUUUUUUUAAUGUUCGAGUUUCAUUACCGAAGCUUAAAAAACUGUAAAUUAUGUUUAGUGGAUUUUAUUUUUCUUCCCAAAUUUCAAUCUCUUUUUAAGAACUCAAUAAAAACAUUUCAGAUACCGUGAUAUCUGCUUAUAUCUAUGCAAUGACUGUCGCCGAGUUGAGCUUCAACUUCACUGGCUUUAUUCAAUUCUGUUUUCCACUAUUUGUAAAAUCAGACAUUAGAAAAGGUAAGUGUCCCAACCUAAACAUGAGAGCGAAUAGGUUCUAUAAAAGGAAUGAGAAAUUUCGUAAGUGUUUUAAAAACAUGUAUGUUAAAAAAUUGCGACGUCUGCAAAAUAUUUGAAAUCGCAGCUCUCAAAGUUGCAGCUCCCAAAAUUUUGCCUUGUGAAGAAAAAUUCGAGCCAUCAUAAAAAAAUCUCUCUAAUUAAAGUUAAAUUUCCAAUCUAAUUGGUACCCAUAACCUCCUUUUCAAGCCGUCAGUGAAGCUACUGCAGCUGCGGCGAAUUCCUUCGGACUGUGGGCCUACACGCAACGAAUCUUCAUGACUCCUCUGAUGACUAUACAUCGAGCCGUUUUCAUUUUGCAGCCUACGAAGCAGAAAUGGUUCUCAAACAAAAAACUUUGGCUUUAUAACGCCCUGGUAGCGGUUAGAGGUCCAAAAUAACCGAAAUAACUACAAAAUUUUCAGCUUUUCAGUGCAAUAUUUUCCUUUUUACCCUGGCUGGACGGCUGUCCUGUGAUUUUGGACUUCGAUCACCAUCUUUUUCAUGAUACUUGCGACGAACCAUUUUUCGUUCGUUUUUUUUUUUGUUUGAAAAAUCUCGGUAGCACUUGGAAUGACUCAAAGCUUCCCGUUGAUGCUUUGAAUCAUUCCGGGUUCGACGUAAAGCUUCAAAAUUAAUGCAAGGGAAAACUUAUUUUUAUUUUUUCCACAAUCUUAUACUCUAAAGUGAUUAUUAGCAAAAAAGUGAGUCCAGCGAGGUCCGAACUUUCAUUACAAUAUUACUACCCCGACUUUUUAGCCACUAGAUCAACCUGAUUGUUUAAUUUCAGGGAGAAUAUGGACAACGAUACAUAAUGAUAUCGGCUCUUGGAUUUUCUGUGGUUCUAACUACCUUAUUAAUAGUUUAUAUCAAAGUUCUCCGACUGGAGCUUUUCCGAAAUCGCGAUGGAAACAGUUAUUUCAUUUCGGAAUUUCGUUUGAUAACUUUUCUUUCCAGAGUAUCCUUCAAAACAGCGUCAGAAGACCGAAAACGCCCUAUUACUUCAGACAAUCGUCGUAUCACUGAUAUUGAUAAGCUAUGAGAUUACUGCUUUCAUUGUGGAUUCAAACGGGGUAAACUUGAGCUUUUCCAAGGCUUGUUUCUUUAUUCAAAAGCAAGCCGUCUUAGGGAAAAUUCUACCGGCUUCCCGAUUAUAUUCAAGUGAUCGGCUUCAACAUUCGCGUCUAUCUUCAAUACUUGAUCAACUUCACAGUUUAUUUCAUAUUCACAGAAAUUAUGCGCCUGGAAAUUAUCAAAUUGUUCAUUCCCCAUUAUAAGAUAAAAAUUACGGUUGUUUCGUCACUCUCACCAAUUUCCAAGCCUUUUUCAAGAUUUUCGCUUCAGAAAUAAAUUUUCUUUUCAAUUUUUGGUUGUUUCGGUUUUAGUUCUUUUUGUUUAACGAGGUCAUCAAGCUGCAAGAAAGUUUAGAGAAAAAGGAGUUUUCAAGAGUCUGAUAUGGGGAAAAAAUUAUGUUAUUAUUAUUAUCUGGAAAUGAAAAAUAUUGGAAAUAAAAAAUAUUAAACGGAAAUCAUUGAGUAUUUUUGAGUAAAAAAAUUACAAUUAUUGGCCUCAAAUGCCUAAUUUUAGUGUUUAGGUUCAAAAAAAGCUAUUGAAAAACGGAAGCAUGGAAACCCUAGAAACCAGAAAAAGCCUAAUUUUCGAGUAUUCGAUUUUUCAGAUGUAAUAACUUCACUGACAGUAACUUAUAUACUCAACUUUCCAUUAUCUUAGUACUAGGCCAUCUUGAGAGCGUUCCUUGCCCUUUCUCACAACCAAGAUUUGACGUGCGUCCUUGCUUCUGGCAAAGUUCGUCUAUUUUCACACCUCUUGGCCCCGCCUGUACCACCUGCUCGUUCUCAUUUCCCUUUCGACCCAUUAUUUUUGUUUUCUUGCUUGGCUUUUUUUUCUGUUGUUUUUGUGAAGAACGAAUUUCGUUGAAUUUUUCGAUGCUGUACUAAAAAAUAUUAACUUAUACUUCUAAUGAAGCUGUUUACAGUUUUUAGACCUGUAAAUUUAUUGCUUUGAGCUUUAAUUUCAUGAGCUCAAAUACUCGAACUAACUACAAGGAAAAAAAAAGAUUUUUAGAAUGAACUUCUACGCUUUCCCGUCUCCAUCUCCAUCUCCUCCACCUCCUCCUCCUCCACCAUCUCCGCCUUUUUUUUACGCUUGUCCUCGGAGAGUGGAACUUCCCUUCGACAUUCAAGUGGAAAUCGCCAAAAGGAUGGAUGUUUCGGCUUUGAUGUCUUUGGCUUCCACUUCUCACUUUUGGAACAACUACAUUAUUGAGCAUCGGAAGAAUUUCAAGUUCGUCAAUUUAUAAUAUUACAUUAAAAAGGCUAGCGAAGCCCGGAAUGUCGGUGAAAUCUGUUUUGAAAUAGCAAAAAAAAACUUUUUCGUGGAGUUGAACCUGUGACCUCAUUAUGGCACUGCGCCAGGCUAGGGCGACAUAUUUAGCAAUAAAUGAGCCCCUUGCUCAAAAAUAAACUUUGAGAAGCCUUGAAAAUAAUGAAAUUAGGAUCAGUUUCCUUGCUUCAGACGCGCACCGUUGACCUCACUGCGGUUGAUGAAAUGCGUUGCCGCAGAACGAUACAACAACAACCGCGGCUUCCGGCUUCACAACGCCGUCACUCUCUUCCAUCCCAGGAGUCAGAGCUCCAAUUGGAUCCGGAAAAUCGUGUCCGAAGAGACGUUUUUCCGAUUCGUUGCCGGCUAUCGGCCAAAAUACGUCCUGCUCAAUUUGACGUUUGACAUCAUCGAGACGAUCCCGCGUUGGUGGUUGGAAACGCUUGAAUAUGUAAGUGAAAAUGCCAAUUUUUCCUAGCUAAACUACUGGUUUCAGAUCGAGUUCAACCUCGAAGGCCAAAGUUUGGACGUGCUCUACAUUUUGGAUCGUUGCCCGAAAGUUCACUCGGUCAAUAUUUUGGCCGGUUCUCCUGAUAUUCUCUACACCCCAUUGGAAGUCAUCGAAGCCAUGAAUAGCGUCACUUUCUUCUCGUUAGUUAAUAUUCAAACCUUCAAUUAUUUUUCAAUAAUUUACAGGAUGAAAACGAGUAUUAUGGUGCCGGUCGCAGAAAACUACGACCGACUUUUGGAGGAAGCUACGCGAAAAUCGCAGCUUGGCGAAGGAAUCAGUCUCUUCUCGAAUCGGUUCCCUGGCUAUACUUAUAGCCCUGAUGCCGUCAUGAAUUUCAUGGAGGUUCGGUCCUUUUUAGCCAGUUUUUCCGAAAAAAAAACUUCUCGCAGUCUGUUUAAAAGCGAUUUGGUUUGAAAUAAGCUGACUGAGAAAAAUAGCCGCGACCAGGAAAAAUCAAUUCAAACUUUGCGCUCCAUUGAGAAAACUAUGAAAUAGCUAUGAAUAACGUUAACCUUACUAUUUCAACAGUUCAAAUUGAAAAUUGUAAAGCCCUCCAAGGGACAUGGUAGAAGAGGCGGCAGAGAAAUAAAGACAUCUCUUUUCUCUGACCUCUCUUCAGUCCACCACUACUUCUACCUUAUCCGAAUUCCUCUACCACAUCCUACAAAUAUCCUCUUUCCAGCACGCCAAAUUCGAGUCAAGCGUGCGGAUUAUCAUCGACCUCUACCGUAUCGAAGGCACCUUCGACCGGUUCGAAGUGAAAAUGCGGGCCUUGAAUAAAUAUGAAAUCUUCCGCUUCGGCCGUUGCCUCAGACUUAUUCGUGCGGGCAAGGAGUUCGUUCUCGAAGUUGACGUUGUUUAA